UCACCAUUUCGAGAGCAGGGGGAACUCAGCCGGUAGCACGGUCAAUCAUACGGAAUUCACUGGUGCUUUUCAUUGUUUCUUGCCAGUCUCCUACAUAGGCUGCAAUUACACCGACGGGAUCAGGCAGCUCAAAACUGCAGCCUCCCGAGCCUCGCUCUCGGCGCGUACGGAGGUAGCUCAAACCUUGUUCUAUAUGAACGUGUGCGUUGCCGCCAGCUCAGAAAUUGACCGCCGGAUGAGGUCAACCAGCUUCAUCAGUGACAGGUCAGGCUCAAUUGCAGUCACAAAAGCUACUAGAAAUGGAUCAGCUGGGCAAUAUGAAGGCGUUCUCACGGCCAGUUCAUGGUCAAGGGAAGGAACCGGAAGAAGAGACGGAUUAUUUGUCUGAUCUACCAACUGAAAUCUUCUCCGUCAUCGUACUGUCCUUACCUCUCAGCUCGAUCACAGCACUCAGCACGACAUCCAAAGCUAUUCAUAAUGUCAUCAACACCUCAACUCACCUCUGGCAAAGCCUCUUCUUGCGUGAUUUUGACUCGCCAAGACCCGCCUUUCCUCGCGAUCAGUUCCGAGCACACUACAAAGAACGAAUGGUCGCUAUCCGACGCCUUGGCAAUUCCGAGAAAGACGUCUUACCAGAGGCUGUUGGCCGUGUACUCCAUGACGUGAUUGAGGAGAACGAGGCGAAAAACAUCGCUCUAAUCAGGCGGAGCUUACAUUCGAGAGUCGAUGAUCUCGGCGUGUGCUUACCGAUGCUCACUAUCCUUCUCACUCGCUCUUGGCUUGAUAAUGAUCCGAGUACGUGGACUAUGUCCCCUGGCCAGGUUCUCGACUGUCAAGCCUAUAUCUAUCGUGCGAACGUUGAACACUUUCUCGCCGCGAAUAGUUCAUCUUACGAAAGUCAUAUUCUGCUCAUCUGUAUUCUACGGGUCAUGCUACACUGGAUUCAAACGAAUGAGACAGAUAAUGACAUCAUUGCCGAUGAUCAUUUCAGCAAAGAACACGAUCUUGUUGGGUGGCCGCGAGACCCUGUUAGAGCUGAUUUCCAGAAGGAUGUGAAGGAGAGUUUGGACGGGAGGUGGAUCAGUCUGUACUCUUACCUCGAUUACAGUGAUUUCAUCACCUUACCAGAGCGCAUGCAAACCAACUCCGAACCUUACAGAGAGUUCUUCGAUGGUCCCCAGUAUUUUGACUUUCACGUGGAAUCACCUCCCACGCCUAAUGCUGCAUCACCUUCGGAUGGAUAUCGGCUCAUCUCCGGCAGAGGGGUGGAUUUCGAUUCAUUCAGUUUUACGGGAUGUGCGAGACGGAUUGAAGGGAUGUCGGAGGGUUAUGCAUUGGUGGAGUGGAGGAAGAUAUAUGAUCAGGAGGAUGUGGAGACGAGGUGGAUCUAUACGGGGAUGUUGGUGCCGGGAAUUGGAAUUAUUGGGUUGUGGACGGAUGGGAUGGAAGAGGACGGUCCGGCUGGGCCGUUUAUCUGCUGGAAGAACGAGGGAUGGUGAUAUAGGGCCUGCAACGGCAUUUGCGGUAGCGGUGG